GCUGCAAAGUGUGGCGUUAUUUUAACCAGCAAAAAGGACUUAAGUCAACCUGAUCCAUCACGGAAAUCCAAGACUGGAAAGGUAAGGAAAGAUAUGGUUGAGCAAAUAUAGGGCGAGAGAUAGAGGAAAGCUAGAUUUGUUUUGUUUAUUGAUUGGAAAGAUAAAGAGAGAUCUAUUGGAAACCUAGCUUCAAUGGCUUCGUCAAGAUCAGAAACGGCAACAGUACCAGACCCUCCACCCAGACCAUCUCCGAUAACACGAUUCCCAAUCCCCACGAAGCCCGCCUGGAUCCUACCGUACAGGACCCAGGCCCUUCAGCAGCUGUACACCAUGGGCAAGAAGCUUGGGCAAGGCCAGUUUGGGACAACCCAUCAGUGCAAAGAGAACGCCACGGGCGAUCUGUACGCCUGCAAGAGCAUCCCGAAGAAGAAACUGUUCUGCAAGGAGGACUAUGAGGAUGUUUGGAGGGAGAUUCAGAUAAUGCACCAUUUGUCUGAGCAUCCAAAUGUGGUGAGGAUAAAGGGAACCUAUGAGGAUGGAAUGUUUGUGCACAUAGUGAUGGAGCUAUGUGCAGGCGGGGAGCUGUUCGAUAGGAUUGUGGAGAGAGGGCAUUACAGCGAGAGGGAGGCUGCUAAGCUAAUCAAGACCAUUGUUGGGGUGGUGGAGGCCUGCCACUCUUUGGGGGUCAUGCACAGAGAUCUCAAGCCGGAGAACUUCUUGUUCCUUAGCUCCGAUGAGGAUGCUGCUCUCAAGGCCACAGAUUUUGGCCUUUCUGUUUUCUACAAACCUGGGGAAACAUUCUCAGAUGUGGUAGGAAGUCCUUACUAUGUAGCGCCAGAGGUACUGUGCAAGCAUUAUGGACCUGAAUCAGAUGUGUGGAGUGCUGGAGUUAUAUUGUACAUUUUGCUAAGUGGAGUUCCACCUUUUUGGGCAGAAACCGAGGUGGGGAUUUUCAGGCAGAUAUUGCAAGGAAAACUUGAUUUUGAAUCUGAACCCUGGCCAGGAAUUUCAGACAGUGCCAAAGAUUUGAUUCGUAAAAUGCUUGACCGGAAUUUUAAAAGGAGGUUGACUGCCCAUGAAGUUUUAUGCCAUCCUUGGAUUGUGGACGACAGUGUUGCCCCUGACAAGCCUCUUGAUUCUGCAGUUCUUUCACGCUUGAAACAGUUCUCUGCAAUGAAUAAACUUAAAAAGAUGGCUUUACGUGUGAUCGCUGAGAGGCUAUCUGAAGAGGAGAUUGGUGGCCUCAAACAACUAUUUAGAAUGAUUGAUACUGACAAUAGCGGAACUAUAACCUUUGAUGAACUGAAAGAGGGCUUAAGGCGAGUUGGAUCUGAGCUAAUGGAAUCCGAGAUCAAGGAUCUUAUGGACGCUGCAGACAUUGACAACAGUGGGACAAUAGACUAUGGAGAGUUUCUUGCUGCCACCGUGCACUUGAACAAGUUGGAAAGAGAAGAAAAUCUGAUGUCAGCAUUCUCUUUCUUCGACAAGGAUAGUAGUGGAUACAUCACCAUUGAUGAGCUUCAGCAAGCCUGCAAAGAGUUUGGUUUAAGUGAGCUUAACCUUGAUGAAAUGAUCAGAGAAAUUGAUCAAGAUAAUGACGGGCAGAUUGAUUAUGGGGAAUUUGCUGCAAUGAUGAGGAAGGGCAAUGGGGGCAUUGGAAGGAGAACCAUGCGAAACACGCUAAAUUUGAGGGAAGCCUUAGGACGACUUGUAAUAGAGAACAGUGAUAUGCUCUAAUCGUGCAACUGCCAAAAUGAGUUUUGAUAGCAAACAAUUUGUAGCUUCCAGUUGGACAUGGCGUAUUUGGUGAUUGGUGUUUUUUCUCUUACCAGGGUUGGCUUUAAUUAGAAUAGACUGCUGUUACAUUAUCUGAAUCAAUCACCUGACUAUUCCAUCUUGGAUGCGGAUUUUGUCAACACUUUGCUGAUCAGUAUUUUCCUGUAGUUGCGUAAUCAAUCGUUACUCCCUUC